AUGCAGCCUGACACUCAACUGGCAACUCAAGUGCCCUUUCCACCCCACGUGCAGCCCGUGGCCUUCCCGUUCGCCACUGACUCUCGCUCCACCAUCGCUUCCUUAACCACCUCCUCUUCUCCCGACUCCAUCGUUGCGGACCUCCCUAUCGCCGUCAUUCCCGACCCCCGCAACAUGUUUGAACCCGUCCCAAUCCACAACCCAGUCAUGAAUGUCUUGCACGACCUCCCCGAGAAACAUCCAUUCCUCGCCAACAACAUCUUGAUUCCAGACGUCACCCCGGACGAUUCUUCUCAAGCAUCCAAACCCAACUUAGAACUCAUUACCAUUCUCCGAGAAGGAGCUAUCACACCCUGUCCCCUCGCAGCACCCUCGCCUUGGCCAAAACCAGCUCCACCUGGCUCCCCCACAUCACUAGACGAUCCCUCUUCGCGACAACUGGCAAACCGAUCUCACCCCAUCAUUUUCCGCGCCCAAAUCUACCCAGAUCCAGGAUGCCCAACAGCUCUCAGCUGA